UUAGAACCUCAUUACCGCACUCACUCAGUCACUCUCUCACUUAACCCUCAACUCUCACUAGUUCAGCUGCCGCUAUUGGCAACUUCCUCGUGGUUACCCUCCUUCUCGUCGCCAGGUGGUCCUCCAACCCCAACCUCAUCAAGAUCUCCGGGGAUGAAGUAGUUCAACAAUGUGCUAAGUUAGUAGUUCGACAAUGGCGGAGUUAGGGUUUCAGGAACGAAGCUCGUGGAGAAAGAGAGAAAAAAAGGCUAAAGUUCAAGAUGAUGAAGAUAGGGAUGCUGAUAUUCAAGAACCCGUGGAGUUGGAUUCUGCCAGAAACUCUUUCUCUUUAGCCCUCAAAGAAUGUCAAGACAAGAGAUCAAAAUUUGAAGCCUUGUUGAAGAAGGCUGCUUCUUUGGAUCUGAACAAUGACUUUGGCUCUGGCUCAUCGCGGCGCCUUCAAACAUUGAAAAAAAGUUCCAUUUCUUCUCGAAGGUCUGGUACUGCCACUUUCCCUAUUCCUGGUACACCCAAUUUUCACAUUGCAAUGUACAAGGGAUGGAGCUCCGAGCAAGUUCCCUUGUAUGCAGGUGCUACCCAGAAGCACGUUUUUCCGUUCAACAAUGGGAAAACAUUGCCGUCAAAGUGGGAAGAUGCUGAGAGGUGGAUUAUCAGCCCUGUUUCGGCAGAUACAGAGUCAGUCAUCAUCAAUGCCCCUCCAAGAGGACAAGUUUGGUGGGUUCAAAGACGUUGGCACCAAUGUGUCCCGUGCUGCUUUAAGGAGGGACAUGGUGACCCAGAUGAUCCCACAGGGUAGCUCAUGCUCCUCUCCUAAUCUGAGGCCUUCUUUCUCUGCCUCCACCCUAUCAACCUUGCCUGUCACAGAAUUGCAGACUGUUGGUUCCUCUAUUAGGGAUAUGCAGGUAGAUGAACACGUUACUGUGACAAGAUGGUCCAAGAAACAUAGGGCCCUAUUCACUGGAAGAGGCUCAGAGCAAGCCAAAGUUGGAAAAAAGGAGAACUAAGUACUCAAUCGUCAACUUGGGAUGUUUCUGAAACGUCAAAGCCUGCCUCAAAGACAAGAGGUGAGGAACCCAAAAUCUCUGCAUGGGAGAACUUGCAAAAGGCAAAAGCGGAAGCAGCAAUACGGAAGCUAGAG